ACACCAGACAUUUUGAAAUCUCAACAAGAACCAAAAAAAAACAUUCUUAAUAAAUCUCUCUCUGUUAUGUCGAUGACGGCGGACUCUCAAUCAGACUACGCUUUUCUUGAGUCCAUACGACGACACUUACUAGGAGAAUCGGAGGCGCGACUCAGUGAGUCGAUAGCGAGUUCGGUGACUCAAUCUUGUGUAACCGGUCAGAGCGUUAAACCGGUGUACGGACGAAACCCUAGCUUCAGCAAAUUGUAUCCUUGCUUCACCGAGAGCUGGGGAGAUUUGCCGUUGAAAGAAAACGAUUCUGAGGAUAUGUUAGUUUACGGUAUCCUCAACGACGCUUUUCACGGCGGUUGGGAACCGUCUUCUUCAUCUUCUGACGAAGAUCGUAGCUCUUUUCCGGUGGUUAAGAUCGAGACUCCGGAGAUUUUCGCGGCGGUGGAUUCUGUUCCGGUGAAGAAGGAGACGACUAGUCCGGUUUUGGCGGUGACGGCGGCGAAGGGAAAGCAUUAUAGAGGAGUGAGACAAAGGCCGUGGGGGAAAUUUGCGGCGGAGAUUCGAGAUCCGGCGAAGAACGGAGCUAGGGUUUGGUUAGGGACUUUUGAGACGGCGGAGGACGCGGCGUUAGCUUACGACAGAGCUGCUUUCAGGAUGCGUGGUUCCCGCGCUUUGUUGAAUUUUCCAUUGAGAGUUAAUUCAGGAGAACCCGACCCGGUUCGGAUCAAGUCCAAGAGAUCUUCUUCUUCUUCUUCUUCCGAAAACGGAGCUCCGAAGAAGAGGAGAACGGUGGCCGCCGGUGGUGGGACGGAUAAGGGAUUGACGGUGAAGUGCGAGAUUGUUGAAGUUACACGUGGCGACCAUUUAUUGGUUUUAUAAUUUUGAUUUUUCUUUGUUGGAUUAUUAUUCUUCAAAAAGGAAGAACGUUAAUAAGAAAUUCGUUUAUUA